GGCAGGAGCACGCGGGCGGCGCGCGGCGCGGGGGGCGCGCGGCGGGCGGUCUCCUCUCCCCCGGAGCCGCCGCCGCAGCCGGGACCGGGACCGGAGCCGGAGCCCGAGCCCCAGCCGGAGCCGGGCGGGCGGCGGGCGGCGCUCCCCCCCGCCGGCUGCGCGCCGCCCCCGGGGGGCGGCGGUGAGGGACGCUGCCCGGUGUCCCCGCUAUUUAUUUCACACACCCACUCACACGCCCACCCCCCCCGGGCUUCUCCGCGGGCGGGCCAUGGCCGGCGGCGGCGCAGCCGGCCCGGAGGGCGCGCACUGAGAGUGCCCGCAGCCGCCGCCCCCUCCACACACACCCACCCACCUUCACACACCCACCCACCCCCGGUCGUCGGGGCGCGGCCGCAGCAUGUCGGCCGUCGCCUACGUGGACUUCGUGGCGGCGCAGUGCCUGGUCUCCAUCUCCAACCGCUCCGCCGUGCCCGAGGCGGCCCGGCUGAAGGUGCCCGGUGAAGGGGAGGCGGCCCGGGAGCUGCGCGACCCCCGCGACGCCUGGAAGGACUACUGCGCCCUGCUGGCCAUCGCCAAGAGCCUGCUGGAGCUGAACAAGUACCGGCCGCUGCCCGCCCCCUCCGUCUGCAGCGACAGCGUGGAGAGCCCCGACGAGGACGCCGGCUCCGACAGCGACGCGGCCACCGAGCCGGGCUCCAGCCCGCCCCGCAGCCCGCCGCCGGGGCCGCCCCCCCGCCUGCGCGCCGCCGGGGCCGCCCCGAAGGGGAAGCUGGCGGCCGAGAAGCGGCACAAGUGCCCCUACAGCGGCUGCGGCAAGGUCUACGGCAAGUCCUCCCACCUCAAGGCGCACUACCGGGUGCACACAGGCGAGCGACCGUUCCCCUGCACAUGGCCCGACUGCCUUAAAAAGUUCUCCCGCUCCGACGAGCUCACCCGGCACUACCGAACCCACACCGGUGAGAAGCAGUUUCGGUGCCCCCUCUGCGAGAAGCGGUUCAUGCGGAGCGACCACCUGACAAAGCACGCGCGUCGCCACACCGAGUUUCACCCCAGCAUGAUCAAGCGAUCCAAAAAGUCCAGCUCUGGCAGCUCCUUGUGAAUGCGGGGCUGGCCCGGGGAGGGGAGCUGGGGGGCAGGCGAGGUGCGGGCUGCAGCGCCGGAGCACGAGCAUCCGUCGCGGCGCCGGUCGCCCUUGCCAUCCGAAAGCACAUGUAGCCAACGUUCAAAAAAAAUAAAAAACAAAUAAAGUACUCCGAGCCCCACUCCCUGUCCUCCACCUCCCCACCCUUUGCUGGGAACGGUGGUGUGGGGCGAGUGGAUUGUGGGGUGAGAGGAAAGAGGGGAUGUCCAGCAGAGGAGGUGACCACCUCCUCUCAUACAAAGCAUUGAUGCUGGUGUACAUACGUCUGACUGGAUGGCCUGGCCUGUGCCACCACAGUAGUGUGACUCCAAGGUCUUUGUGAUUGCUGUGUCAUGAACAUGUUUUGUUGAACAGUGUAAUGCUGCUUGUAUUUAGAGUUUGUCGAGUAAAACCACUUUCCGAGUCACAUAAAUAACUCUCAGAUAAAAACUCCAUAGCACAUUGUAGAAGUGGGUUUACUUCUGUCUCAGAACGAUCCUGCAUUUAAAGAGACUGUUAAGAGAAACAUUACAUAUGUUACUAAUAGCAUCUGAUUGAUAUACUGAGAUAAGGUGAAUUUAUACUCAAGAAGGCCCAUUCACGUAAAUGGGUCUUUUUAAUUUUUCUUUGUAUUAACUAUACUUUUGAAUAUAAGCUGCACUUUUCCAGUAAAAACAUGUAUAAUUCAAGCAGAUACUUAAAGCAAAAAAACCCAACCCUACAACAGCUCAGUCGUUUUCUGACCGUAUGCGUAUUUAAUUCUGUUAUUCACUUACCUGGAAAAAUACAAGUCAGCCUAGAUAAUGUGUUGGGGAUGUGGGAGCAGAAGCAUACGUCUCUCAAUUGAUCCUAUACUUUUCAUUUGUCAAUAAAUACAGUACUGUACUAUAGAAAUGCCACUAACAGUGCUUUAUUCUGCUGUGUUUUGUUUGAAUGGAUGCAUAACAGCAGCUACCAUCUUUAUGAACUGCUGCUUUUUUAAAGUUUUUUUUUUUUUCUUCCUACACUUGCCUUAAAGAUUUAUUCUCUUCAUACCCUUGCCUAACUCCUGCCGAGUCCUAUGGGAGUUGCGUGUGCUUAUGGAGAGAGUAGACCUUUCCUUAAGAGCACUCUGCUAAUGGAAACAGCUGAAGUUAUUGUAAGGAGCACUUCAGAAGGGCUCCUGUAUCUUUUGAUCACUGUUUCUGUAGACUAUGGGGCAAAACCAUGGGCUAAUUGGAAAUACAGCACAGAAGGUGUGUCGUAAUACUUCUUACGACAUAAGCUUCCCUUGGUACCUUGGGUUGUACCUGUGUCAUGCGUGGCACAUCAAAUAGUGAUAAAGGCAAUAUUACUUUUAUUUUAAAGCUACAUUUUGCUCUUUAAGAGGAGCAAAAAGAUCACUGAAGGAAAACUGGUGGUCAUUAGCUGAGUAUUUCAUCAUUUUUUAUGUUAAAAGCAUGAACUGUAAGAGGUUAUUGAUGAUUAUUUUGUUUUCUCCUCCCCCACUGCAUAUAGGGGGGAUAAUUCUGUUUACACAUUAUUUUUUCCGGAAACAUUCUUCUGUUUGGUUUUUACCCCUUCCUCCAGAAGAGGAAGGGAAGGUGCAGCCCUACUAUAGAGACUUAAGGCCAAAUUCAUCUCGUGAGUAAUCACGCUGAAACCCAAAGUGUUUCCACUGCAGAUGAAUUUAGGUCAUCUUGUAAAAUUCUGUACAUAAAAAAAAAAUCUUGUUAGUACACCUGCAAUUACAGUAUCUUAUUGUUUACCUGAUAAAAAGCUUGCUUCCUAGAAACGAACAUAAAGAAAAUGAACUCAGAGAGUAGAGUGUUUUCUUCUACAGUUGUAUAAGGCUUUCAGCAUUAGAAAUCAGUUUGCAUAUAGUGUUUUUACCUGUGUAGUUCAUAUGAUAAAUUCCGUCUAUGUGAAGAGAACUGCUUUUAAGGCAUUAGGGAUAUUGAGCAGUCUAUGGAGUAAAAAGGGAUGUGUUUUCUUCAGUGAAGACAUCAGGAAACCAAGCACACUUUCUACCUCCGUUUCAGGUUUUUGAAACAUUUAUUUUAGAAACCAAACUUUAAUUUCUGGUGUCCAAAUUGAGUCAUAGGGACAUACGUUCUUCCUAAUAAAAAAUAGGUAGCCUCAGUAUUUCUAUUGAUCUAGAAAUACGAAAAAAAAAAAAGUGUUCUGCUUACCAGUACUGUUAAUGCUGCCUUGCUGAGUGGGGUCAGGGCCAGGGGUAGCCCGGUGAGAUUCAAAGGUGCAUGCACAUUCGUCUUCAUUCUUCUCUGUGAAGAUCAAUGCAAACUUUCGGGUCCGCCCUGCAAUGUGGGUUGUUGCCAUUUUGUAGGACAAACGCAGCACUUGGAAAAUUAAGGCCUGAUCCCGUGAAACACAAGACGCCCUCACGUCCUAUCAACCACAAUGGGAAGCCACAGCUGAUAAGCAGCUCCUAAAUCAGUACGUAGAUGUUUUGGUCACUUAGCUACCAACCAGCAUUAACUGACACAUGGAAGUAAAUGGCCAGAUUUAUGGUUUCCACCUUGCACGUUGGGGGUAGAAUGCACAGCUAAAGAAGCAUCAUCGUUCCUGCUAAGUCUGAAAGAAUCAACAGGCAGGAGGUACUUUGGUCCGUGGGACCUGCAGGCGGGUGUCGUCAUUGCGUGUGGCAAGAUCCUGUGUCUGAAAAAAACCUUCCUAAACGGUAACCCAUUUGCUCUAACGCAUGCUGUAUUUCAGCAUCGGACAGACGGGAUUAGUGCGAUUCAUCAACCACUAACAGAAUAACAUUGGGGAUGAUCAUGUUUGCAGAUUUUGUCUUACUGUUUUGUUCACUUGGGGUUUUUGGGGAUAUACUUCUAGUAAGAGCAAACAAUGUCUCUAACACAUAAACUGCAGGUUAGUUCUUUGCAUCUUGAAGUUAAGUUUGGAAGAGUGUUGCAAAUGUUGGGAAAGAAAAGGAAAAUCAGGUUCUCUAAUACCGUAUGUACUUGUUGUACGAUUUUGGAAAUAGUUAAUAGUGCUGAAGUUAGGACAGCUCCUCUCCUUGGUUAAGAAAGCCCAUUACUAUAGAGAAAUCAUGGCUUUAAAGGUAUAGCUAUACAACACCUUUUUUCAACAGUUUUCCAUGACCUGUAUUACAAAUCUGUUUUCAGUUUGCAGAUGGACUUAGCCCAGCAUACACCAGACUGGACACAUACUUCAAAAUGCUGUUUUACAGACUAGUGAUCUGUAACACUGUAAAAUACCAACUUCCAACAGUUUAAUCAGUUUUAUUUUUGUACAGUAUUCGUAUCCUUUAUAAGUUAUUUUGCUGUCCUGUUUUGUAAAUCACAUGAAAUUGUAAAAAAAAGAAAAGGAAAAAAAAAAGUAGGCAUAGAUGGUUUUGUACAUAUGUAUAUAUAUAUUGUCCAAAUAAAGAAAAAAGGAAUUAAAAAAAAAUAAUG